UUUAACCAUUUUACAUUCUACAGCCUCCAUUGCGUUUUUUAAGACUCGUGGACACGUUAUUAUUGCCGAGAGAAAAAUAAAAUUGUAAGAGUAAAAUAUAGUAGAAAUUUGAAAAAUAUUGCAAACUAGUUGAUAAUAUUGUGAAAAUGGCUCAAUUUGAUUUGACUAGAAUUAACUGUCAAUUCUUGGACAGACAUUUAACUUUUCCACUACUUGAAUUUUUAUGUGGCAAAGAGAUAUACGACCAGAAGGAGCUGCUCGAGUACAUUUUGGAGACAGUAAACAAAACUAACAUGAUUGAUUAUACCAUGGAUACACGCAAACGCUUAGGUCUUUGUCAAGAUAUGCCUGAAGAGCUGGUACAGCGAAAAGAGGAGGUUUUAGCUACGCUAAAACAGCUUCAAAACGAAGUAGCUCCUAUUAUGAAGGCGACCGAUAUCCUAAAAAAUGGGGAAAGCAUGAAAGAUUCAAAGACAUUUGUAAAUGCGUUGCAAAAGGAUUACAAUUUUAAAGUGGAACAUUUAGAGAGUGCAUAUAAACUGGCCAAAUAUUUGUAUGAAUGCGGUAAUUAUCAGGAGUCAACUUCCUAUUUGUAUUUCUGCAUGAUUGUUAUGUCGCCGAACGAUAAAAAUUAUUUGAAUGUAUUGUGGGGUAAAUUAGCAGCUGAAAUAUUGACUCUUAAUUGGAACACAGCUCUGGAGGAUUUAACACAUUUACGUGAAUAUAUCGAUAAUGCGAAUUUUACAACCCUUCAGGCUUUGCAGCAGCGCACCUGGCUCAUCCAUUGGUCCGUUUUGGUGUUUUUCAAUCAUCCAAAAGGACGUGAUCUCAUCAUAGAGAUGUUUUUAUACAAACAAUUAUAUUUGAAUGCCAUUCAAACUAUGUGCCCACACAUUAUGCGUUACUUGGCCACUGCCGUUAUAAUUAAUCGUGGCCGGCGCAAUGCCCUGAAAGACCUCAUUAAAGUUAUUCAACAAGAGUCUUACACCUACCGCGAUCCUAUCACGGAAUUCCUGGAGUGCUUGUAUGUUAAUUUCGAUUUCGAAGGUGCACGCCUAAAAUUGCACGAGUGCCAAACUGUUAUUCUUAACGAUUUCUUUAUUGUCGCUUGCUUAAAUGAAUUCGUCGAAGAUGCUCGUCUCAUGAUAUUCGAGACAUUUUGCCGUAUUCACCAAUGCAUCACUAUUAGCAUGCUAGCUGACAAGCUCAAUAUGAAUCCCGUCGAGGCCGAAUGCUGGAUCGUAAACUUAAUACGCAAUGCUCGUCUUAACGCAAAAAUUGACUCAAAAUUGGGUCACGUAGUUAUGGGAACCCAACCAUUGAGCCCAUACCAACAACUGGUUGAAAAGAUUGACUCCUUGUCAAUGCGAUCUGAACAUUUAGCUGGCCUAAUUGAACGUAAAAGCAAACAAAAGAAUCAAGAAUCAGUAGACUCGUGGAAAUAUUACUCGUCUUAGGUUCCGAACUCUUGGCCCAAUAACUACAGCUCUUAGCGUUAAAUAUUCCCGAUUAAUAUUUGAUUCAUUAAAAAAUGAUUAACAAAAGAAUUCGACAA